AUGCACCAUGCAAUUUGCAUGGUGCAUGGAAAGCCUGGUGACGGACAGAUGGCCGGUGACGAACGCGAGAAAGCAUGGCACGGACCUGCGGGCACGCGGAGAUGUCCCGGCCUGACACCCCCUGUGAUCUUAUGUGCCAAGGGAAACACCGGGGUCGUGCAAAAUCAGGACAAUUUCUCGCUUUGUUUCCUGGCUGGCGGCUGGACCUUGGCAUGCUGUUCAGAUGGUCAUGGCUUUCAUGGGCAGCUUGUUGCCACACGUGUGGUGACAACGGUCCCGCACUUCAUCGCCCAUAAGUUCGCCGACGGUCUAGAGGAACGUGGUGUACCUGCGGCGCUGGCAGCGGCUUUCGACUCUGCUCAAAAGGACUUGGAGGCACACUCUGCCAGAUUUGGCUGGGACUGCCAGGCCAGCGGCGCUUCGCUCAUCGCGGCUUUGUACAACGGCAGCAAGGUCUACACGGCCCAUUGUGGCGAUGCCAGGUGCUUCCCCUUGCCGCAUGUUGAGAUGAGACAGAUGCUUAGGGCAUCAUAA